AUGGACUCCUCUAAUGCGACACCUGCCAUUGAUGCUCCCUUUGGCUAUACAAAGGCUGGGAAAAUCCGGAAAAGACCUGUUCCAAAUAAUGAAGGAAUUUGCCCAGUUGAAGAGUGCAAAACGAGCUUCAGGCAUAGGCCAGACCCUAAGAGUGCAGUUUGGCAGCAUCUUCUUUACUAUUUCCGAGACAAUAUCUAUCAAGGAAAUGGAGAAAUAGCAAAAGUGCAUUGUAACGGGGACUAUGGGCGUAGGAACUAUGAAGCCAAGGAAUACAACCGAGGCGAAGACGUAAACGUAGAAGGUUCGUGGACUAUGGACUAUGGGGCCAAAGGGUACACCUAA